CAUAUCCUGUCCUUUUUGUUCUUCUUCUCAACAAAUCACUUCUUUUAACCAUUCAGUACAAGAAAAUCAAAAUUCAUUCACUCAACUCCCAAUUCUCAGGCAGCCUGUUAUUUAGUUUCGCUUCGGUUUACGGCCAAAAUGCGGUGGCGGUCGUCUCUGAACAAUGACAAUAAGAAGGUGGCCGGCUUGAAUAGAGGUCCAUGGACAGCUGAAGAAGACGAAAUACUAAGGGCUUACAUUAAAAAACACGGCCAUGGUAACUGGUGUGCCUUGCCUCAGAAAGCUGGACUUCAACGAUGUGGGAAGAGUUGUCGGUUGAGGUGGAUUAAUUACCUAAGACCUGAUAUUAAAAGAGGAAACUUUAGUUUACGAGAAGAACAAACCAUCAUUCAACUCCAUGCCCUUCUUGGAAACAGGUGGUCGGCCAUGGUAGCUCACUUGCCGAACAGGACCGACAACGAGAUCAAGAACCAUUGGAAUACGCACAUCAAGAAAAGGCUGGUAAAGCUAGGGAUCGAUCCAAUGACUCACAAGCCCCGCGUAGAGGCAUCGGCCACUCCCUCUGGUUUGAUCAAGAACAGUUCGAAUCUAAGCCACAUGACUCAGUGGGAGAGUGUUCGGCUCGAGGCCGAGGCUAGGAUGGUCCGUGACUCGAAACAGGUCAUCCCGAACCCGAAUCCGAUUCACCCGAAGAACAAGCACCCUGCGCUCGAUCCGAAUUGGAUCGGUCGACCUAGGUGCCUCGACGUACUCCAAGCAUGGCAAGGUGUAGUUGCAGGCAUGCUCGCCUUCCCCAACCGGGGGUUCGGUUUCUCCGCCGUUGGACAUACUGCCACUAGCUACACGGAUGGUGAAUUGGGGUUUGAUGCAUUGAAAUGCGUUGAUGGAUCGAACCAACUGCAUGAAAUUGAGGAAACGAUUAGCGAUAUCGACGCAUGGUUUGAGGACUCAUUUAGGGUUGAAAAUUAUGAAAAUGCCGAAGGUUCGGCUUUGGAUGUACCGAUGGUUUGGGAUAACGUGCAUGAUCUGGUGAACUCUUUAUCAUCUGAUAUAUCUGUAUUUUGCUCGUAA